CGUGAGCCGUGCGUUCGAGGCCCUGCGCACGGGCUACCAGAGCCAGUGAGGGGGACAGCAGGCACCGGAGACACACGCGGAGGAAGUGGCACGUCUUUGGUUCCACCUGUUACUCGAGAAGGUACCGGUCUCGCUCUGACAAACCAGACGGCACCCGCGUUUUGCUGGGGAGGACAAAGGUCAUGUCUCUGCACUGCUUCACCACCCCACGAAGGUGGGCCUGGAAGCAGAUAGUGGCGAGGUGUGUGACCCUUCUGGCUGUCACCAUGGCGAUGUAUGCUCCUGCACUCGCACAACUGGACCUCAACAGAUUAGACGGCGACACUGUCUGCCCCACCAUGAGAAAUGGACAAGACGACCUCCCAGGGUUUGACCUGAUCACACAAUUCCAGUUGGAUGUGAUUCCCCGUAAAGGAGUCAGAAAAGUAGAUGGCUCCACUUACACCCAGGUGGCCUACCGGCUGGACAGAGACGCCAACUUCCAGAUCCCAACCAGGCUGAACUUCCCGAGGGGCUUCCCGGAGGAGUACUCCUUCAUGACCACAUUCCGCAUGAUCAAGAACACGGUGAACAAGGUGUGGAACCUGUGGCAGGUGGUGGACGAGGACAGCGUCAAGCAGGCUGGCAUGCGUCUGAACGGAGAUCAGCAGGCCCUGGAGUUCUUCCUCACCACCAUGGACGGGGACCUGCAGACUGUCACCUUCCAGGGCCUCUCCCUGCUCUUCAAUACCAAGUGGCACAAAGUGAUGAUCGGUGUGGAAAGCGAGCUGGUCACACUCUACGUUGAUUGCCAGCCCGUCGACCAGAAGCCCAUCAAAAGCAAAGGUUACGUCAGCACAGAUGGAGACACUCUGAUCGGUAGACUGGAUGCGGACCCGAACACCUCCGUGGUGUUUGAACUGCAGUGGAUGCUGAUUCACUGUGAUCCAAAGAGAGCGCAGAGAGAGAGCUGCACUGAGCUUCCCCAGGCCGAGAUGUAUGCCAAUGCUGAGCCGGACCCCAAACCCAUCCCGGGGCCAGUGGGCCCUCAGGGUGCUCCUGGUCCUCAGGGCCCUCCAGGAGAGGACGGUCGCGACGGGAGAGACGGUAUUCCAGGCAACCCUGGCACUCCUGGUGUGCCUGGUAGUAAAGGCGAACAGGGUCAGAUUGGUCUACCAGGGCAGAGAGGACUUCCAGGUCUUCCAGGGGCAGCUGGGCCAAUGGGACCAAUGGGCCCUCGAGGACCUGUAGGGGAGAGGGGGCUUCAAGGUUUCCCAGGGCCAGCUGGACCCCCAGGGCCUGAAACUGUUGGACCUCCUGGGCCUCCAGGUAAACCUGGUAUCCCAGGAGAUGAAGGCAACAUAGGACCAGAGGGUCCUCCUGGGUCAAGAGGAUCCAAUGGUCUUCCAGGACCACCAGGACCCCCUGGUCCACCAGGGCCUGCAGGUGCUGGGAAUCCUGAAGGAAGCGGGGAGAGUUGUCAGAUGACGUGUCCGGCCGGACCACAGGGACUUCCAGGUCUCCCCGGCAUAAAGGGACACCGAGGCCUCCCCGGCAUGGCCGGCCUACCAGGCGUCCAUGGCAACAAGGGAGACAGAGGGGUUUUGGGAGAGGCAGGUCCUCCGGGACGUCCGGGAGAGGAUGGUCAGAGAGGGCCCAUUGGAUACCCAGGGGAGCAUGGUGAUAAAGGAGAUCGGGGCCCUCCGGGCUUUAACGGCCUCCCCGGACCCACUGGACCCCCAGGAGCGCCGGGUGUUGAAGGUAUUCGAGGCCGUGAUGGUCCUGCCGGGCCUAAGGGUGAUGAUGGUGCACCUGGCCACCAGGGUCCCAUUGGCCUUACAGGUGCUAAGGGAGAUACUGGUGACCGAGGGAAAAGUGGGGAAGAUGGAAUACCCGGCAUUCCUGGAGAGAAAGGAGAGUCUGGCCUGCCUGGAGCAGUUGGCAUCAGAGGUGUUGUGGGAAUCCCAGGUUUGCCAGGAAAACAAGGCCCUAUAGGACCUGCUGGUCUGAAGGGUGACAAUGGAGAGGAAGGUCCUGUAGGUCCUGUUGGUCUUCCUGGUAAGCCAGGGGAGCCAGGAGCUGCUGGAGCAGAUGGACAGCCAGGCUCCAAAGGAAUCCCGGGUGAGGCAGGAAAGCCAGGGCCAAUCGGUGCAUUGGGACUUCAAGGAAUCCCGGGAGAGAAAGGGGAGCAAGGGCUGAUGGGUCCUCGGGGAAUAAAAGGUCACACAGGUUACAAAGGGGAUCAGGGCCAUAUGGGUCCAGUUGGUCCCAAAGGAAGUGAGGGUAAUCCAGGGGUUUCUGGUGAUCCAGGAGUUAAAGGUGACCAGGGUCCUCCAGGCACUCCUGGAAACAAGGGCGAGCGAGGGGAGAAAGGCCAAAGAGGAGGCUCGGGGGCUGAUGGACGUCCAGGUCAGCCAGGGCAUGAAGGCCUCGCUGGGCCCCAAGGAGCGAGGGGUCUUGAGGGGCAGAGGGGCCUGCCAGGACCUCCUGGCCCCAGAGGAGUUCCUGGUCCAAAAAUGAAUGAUGACAAGAUUCGUGAAAUAUGUGCAGCAGUAGUUGAAGAACAUCUAUAUGCCUACAAAAAAGAACUGUCCACAAAACCCCUACCUCUUGGUGCUCCUGGGACCCCCGGACCAAUGGGUCCACCCGGAGCCCCUGGACCAGCAGGGGUCUCUGGGUCAACUGGGCCCAGGGGAGUACCUGGCAUACAGGGACCUCCAGGCUUCUAUGGUCUACCAGGACAGCAAGGCGAAAAAGGUGAUUCUGGACCCAAAGGAGAUAGAGGAGAAAAUGGGGUUGGAAUCCCAGGGACCCCUGGGGAUGCAGGACCCCAAGGACCUCCUGGUGAACCUGGAAUUGGCAAGGACGGCCAUGACGGUGCCCGAGGGGAAGCAGGUGUGCCGGGCAUCCCAGGAACCCCAGGAGGCAGGGGACCACCUGGCCCACCUGGCCUCUGUGACCCCUCAAACUGCUACAGGCCCCAGCCCCUUUACGUAGUCGGUGGGAAAAAGCCAAUCAACAUUAAGGGUCCUUGAACGUGAAGCUCCUGAGAGAAACCUUUAUCCAUCACCAUCAUCAUCAAUGUCACCGUCAAUAGCUGAAAGAGUGAGAACGCAUUUGAUGAACCUGGGGAGACUGCAGACAUCGUCAUGGUGAUCAGCAUGAAACAGGGGACUUCAGAAGGUUGUACAGAAACACAUCCAUUCCUAAGAAGAUUAUCUUUUUUACAGUGAUCCAGCCCAGUUCUUGUUGUCACUUGUACAUACAGUACAUACAGAAUAAAAGGAGAGGUGAAAUGGAGUCAUAUUCAUUUUUGUGGCACAAGAUGUAAAUGAAAUGAAUGCUGGAGUAGGUUCAGACACAGUGCGACUAAGAGAUGUCUUCAAUCUAACAGCUCAUCUGUACUACAGAAAAACACACAAAUACACUUGAGCCACAAACCCUGUUGUGAAUUUUUUCAAAAUGUACAGUAAGGGGUGUGGCCGGCUGGACAAAAAUUGAAAAUGUGCCUUAUGAAGCAGUUAUGUUUUCAUGUAUUUCCACAAUGUUUUUGUUUUAUUAAAAUGUAACCAUCAAGGAUAAAGGCAAUCCCAGACCCAGAGACUAAGCUAUACCGAAUCUACACAACUCCACUUUAGUGCAAUGAUCAGAAUAAUGAAAUAAAAGUUCACCAUGCCCAUAAAAUUCA